AUGCACGGCAUUACGGAGACUUUACUAGACACACUUGCCCAGCACUGGCUGUCAAUAGGUCUAUCACUUAUUGCCGCCUGGCUGGUCAAAAACCAUUACCACAAUGGUCUAAACAAGUACCCUGGGCCAUUUUUGGCUUCCCUGACAGACUGGUGGCGUUUCUUCGAUGUGAUGACUUACCGUCCGGAGGUAACGCAUCAAAAACUGCACGAAAAGCACGGAGACAUUGUUCGACUAGGACCCAACACCCUCUCGUUUGCCGAUCCUGCUGCCUUGAAGACCAUUUACGGGUUGAACAAGGGUUUUGUCAAGUCCGACUUCUACAUCGUCCAACAGUCCGUGGUCAAGGGUCACAGGCUGCAGUCGCUAUUCAGCUCAACGGACAACAGCUUUCACUCGCAGUUCCGUCGUUGCGUUAACUCGGCCUUUUCCAUGUCGGCACUAGUUCAGUACGAACCUUUUGUGGACAACACCACCAAAUUGUUCCUGUCCCAGACUGAGAAGUUGUUCGGAGGAAAGCCAGACGGUUGCGAUUUCACUACCUGGCUGCAAUUCUACGCGUUCGAUGUCAUUGGAGAAAUCACUUACAGCAAGCGUCACGGUUUUGUUGAGAAGAAUGAGGACAUCGACGGCAUCGUGGCGUAUUUGAGCAAGCUGUUCCUCUACGUUGCACCGAUCGGUCAAAUCCCCUUUCUCGACCUUCUUCUACUCAAGAACCCCAUUUACCUCAAGCUUUCACAAUGGGGCUUCAUUGAUGCCACAUUUCCCGUUGCUCGUUUCGCUCGUGCCCGCAUGGCCGAGCGUCUUCCUCAGAUCGACGCCAACGACAAGCCCUUGCUGCCUGUGACUUCGGGUAAGAAGCAGGCCCAGCAACCGGACCUUUUGUCCAAGUUCCUUGCUGCUCGCGAAGCUCGCCCGGAAUUCAUGACGGACGUGCUGGUGCAGACGAUGGCGGUGAGCAUGGCAUUUGCCGGAUCCGAGACGACGGCCAUCAGCCUGGCUGCCGUGUUCUAUUAUCUACUGCGCACGCCAACAGCACUUGCACGGCUGAGAGAAGAGUUGGAUACUUUUGGCAAGGAGGGUGGCUUCAGCGACACCGAGACAGGACUUGUUACGUGGACUGAGAGCCAGAAGUUGACGUACCUUGACGCCUGCAUCAAGGAGGCCUUCCGCAUGCACCCUGCCGCCGGAUUGCCACUGGAGCGCAUCGUUCCCGAGCAGGGUGCCGAGAUUGCCGGAACAUUCGUUAAGGGAGGAACUAUUGUUGGCUGCAGCGCGUGGAUCAUCCACCGACGACCUGAGAUCUGGGGCGAAGACGUCGACACGUACCGGCCGGAGCGGUGGUUGGUGGACGAGACCAAAGAUCGGACGACAGAGGAGCAGCGUAUUAAGGAGAUGAACGGUAUGAUGUUCCAGUUCGGCAUGGGCAGCCGGACAUGUAUCGGAAAGAACAUCAGCUUGCUGGAGAUUUACAAGCUGGUGCCUUCCCUCCUUAGGAGAUUCGAUAUCAGUUUCAAAGACCCGAGCCAGGAAUGGGAACUGGUAAAUGCAUGGUUCGUCAAGCAGAACAACUUCCACGUCAAGUUCGGCAGGAGAGAGAUCGUCAAGCCGAGCUCAGCGAGAAAGCUUCUUCCACGUAGUCAUGAUGUUGUUCGUUAA